AUGACAGACGACGAAUUGCGAGAUAUUUGCAACUAUCUAAUAGUCGUUGCGAGAGAAGCAGGCAACGUUAUCCGGCAUGCCCAACCGACUUCCCUUACUACCACAUGUAAGAAAAACACUGCGGAUAUUGUGACGCAAACGGAUAAGGCUGUGGAGAUAUUUAUCCGAAGUCGUCUGACGGAGCGAUAUCCUGCCUUUGAUUUCGUCGGCGAGGAAUCCUGCAAAGUCGGGCUUGAGAUCACAGAUCACCCAACAUUCAUAGUAGAUCCUAUUGAUGGCACAUCGAAUUUCGUCCAUGGAUUCCCGGCGGUGUGUGUCUCGAUAGGGCUCGUUGUCAAAAAACAGCCAACGGUCGGGGUCGUUUUUAACCCGUUUCGAGAGGAGUUAUGGAGCGCCGUUCGUGGCCAAGGCGCCUUUAUCCAACAAUUCGACGGCAGUAUUCGGAAGCUCCCCCUUGUUUCGGCACCUUUGGAUGGGUUGAGAAGCGCCUGCAUCGGUAUUGAAUGGGGGAGUGACAGAGAAGGACCCAAUUUCGAGCUCAACCUGAAGGUCUUUACGAUGCUGGCUCGGACUACUGCUACAGGAGGCGCAUUUGUCAAUUCGCUUCGAUGUACUGGUUCUGCUGCCAUCGCGAUAUGUAGAGUCGCAGCAGGACAGCAAGAUGCAUUUUGGGAAUGCGGCUGCUGGGCUUGGGACGUUGCGGCUGCUUGGUGCAUCUUAUCCGAGGCUGGAGGAAUCAUGGUUGAUGGGCACCCUGGCAACUGGGAUCCACCAGUUGAUAAUCGACGAUAUCUUGCAGUGAGACCGGCUACGGAAGGUCAGAAAGAGUUUGUGGAAGAGUUUUGGUCGGUUAUUGGAGAUGCUCGGUCGAUAUAUGGGCCUGCACCUUGA